AUGUCCCCUUUCCUUUUUGCAAUUGGCAUGGAAUAUCUUACUAGACAUCUUCAGCAGCUCCAAACUCAAACUGCUUUCAACUUUCACCCCAAGUGUAAAAAACUUGCUAUUACUCAUCUCAUGUUUGCUGAUGAUCUGCUUAUGUUCUCCAGAGCAGACAUUCAAUCUGUUCGGAUGCUGCUUUCUGCUUUCCAUCAGUUCUCUGUUGCUUCUAGCCUUGAGGCUAAUCUUGAUAAAAGUAACAUCUAUCUUGGUGGGAUCUCUUCCACUGAGAAUGCUGCAAUCUUAUCUGCUAUUCACAUCCCUGAAGGGUCCUUCCCAUUUAGGUAUCUUGGUGUGCCCCUUGCUACAAAAAAUCUAGCUUAUAAUCAAUGCAAGCCUUUGAUUGAGAAAGUAGUUGCUAGAGCCAAAACUUGGAUAGCUAGGAAUCUCACUUAUGCUGGUAGGCUGCAACUGGUGCAAACUAUUCUUCUAAGCAUGCAAUCAUUCUGGUGUCAGAUUGAAUAUUAA